GCCCGCCUCUGCCGCGACCCGCCGAACCCGCGGGCAGUCGAGCCGCCAGCGACGCCUUCUGAGCCCCGUGUGCCCGGGCGGGGGGCCAUGCCGUGCCGGAGGGAAGAGGUAGAGGAAGCCGGCGAGGAAGCGGAGGGGGAGGAGGAGGAGGAGGAAGACAGCUUCCUCCUGCUGGAGCAGUCGGUGACGCUGGGCGGCUCGGGCGAGGUGGACCGGCUGGUGGUCCAGAUCGGAUGGCUCCGGGGCGCCGUCGCCUCCCGUCGCCUCCACCAGCGUCGGUGGACCCAAGCUGGGCCGCGCGCGGGCGACGACGACCCGCACCGGCUCCUGCAGCAGCUCGUGCUCUCGGGGAAUCUCAUCAAGGAGGCGGUGCGCAGGCUCCAGCGAGCGGUCGCUGCGGUUGCAGCCACGAACCCCGCGACCGCCCCCGAGUCGGGGAGCGGCUGCAGCGGAACGGACCCCGUUACCCUGCAGACCUCGGGAACCUGGCUCUGACCCGGGUCCCGGGAGGAGGAAGAGGUCGCCGCUUCACAGACCCAGCAGCAUCCGGAAAGGAAGAAGCUAUCUCUAUUCUGGGGAGCGACAGGCCACACAUCAGGGAGGCGAAGUUGUGGGAGAAAACGUCAAAGCGUGGAGGAAUGCACCGGUUAGGGUGCUUGCAUGCUGCGUGAGAAUUUCCCUGGCCACCCAGGACCGAGGACCUGGAAUAAUAAACUGGGAGAACUAUGGCAGCUAUUGGAUCAACUAGUACCUGAGUUAGCCUUGGGGGCGUCCUGUGCUUGGAGUGUUUAAAGCUAGGGCUCGGGAGGGGUGGAAAUCGCGAAGGCUAACAAUACUUGAAAACUAGUGAUACGAAUGCCCUUUUCUCAUUUUUCCGGUGGAGGAGCUUACUAAAAAUGGUGCUAAAAGUGUUGUGCAAAGAAAUUGUGGGGUGAGGAAUGUAAAAGCUUGGCGGUGGGUGUCUUGGCAACUCCCUCCCCCUUUCUCCUACUUGGUGGAGGUGGGAGACUGGGACUGGAAGGAGGGUGGAGAAUUUGGAAGGUGAGGGGACUUGAGUUGGAAUGUGGACUUUCAAAUGACUUGACCUUGCUUCCUGUGGUUCAAGGUCAGCUUUGCUGUACGUGGGGAGGCUGUGGGGUUCCAGGGAAGAGCUAACUCACCCAGAGAUAUUUUCUUUCUCUUGCUCCAAGAAAGACCCCUAUCUCUUUUGCCACCAUUUGGAGUCUCCUAAGGACACUCCAGCAGAGGGACUUGUAGGGCGAGUUACUCACUUUUUCUGUGCUCUAAUCUCCAGAACUCCUCAUGCUGGGCCACUCUUGGCUACACCACCAGCUUUCUCAGAAACCGUCAUAAACAAUCUCUUUAUUUCUGGUGUCUGUGGGGUUGGAUGAAAGCCCUGGACUCCUUUCUGCUCAGUUCUGGCCUCGUGGGCCUGAACCUCUGCCCUGCAGUUCCUCACCUGCCAGUUCUCCUUUGUGAGUGAAACUGUUUUUAAAAUGUGACUCUCCGAGAGGAGAAACUGCUGGCUUUACCCUUGUGAAACUUGAUGGCACUUUAGUAAGGUGCCCCCCCUCCCCAAUUUUAAGGUAGCUAAAUGAAUUUUUUUUUUUUAAGAUUCAAUGGCUUGUUCAUCCUCCAGAUGUAGCUAUUGACGUACACUUCGCAACGGAGUGUGUGAAAUUGUGGUGGUCCUGAUUUACAGGAUUUCUUAAUUAAAAUGUCUGCUGAAUAAAUUUGGUUUUUGU